AUGUGCCGGCCCCGCAGCGCAGCCCCGCAGCAGCCCCUCCUCGGCCCGGCCACCGCGGGACCAGCGGUGCUGCCGCCCGCCGGGCUGGGGCUCACUUGUCACGCUCGGUCCCUGUCCCCUCGUCCCUCCCGUGCCCACAAGGACUCCCGAGCUGGCGGCCAGGUCGCCUCCCCGUCCGCGUACGCCGCGGUCCCGGCCGGGCGGGCGAGGCGCGGGCUCCCCGCUCCCCUGUACCUCUUUGCGGCGGCGGCGGCGGCGACGGCGACUGGCCUCGGCUGCCGAGCGCCGCCAGCAGCAGGAGCAGCGGCAAACUUUCCCGAGCCAUGGCUGCCGGGCAGCCCACACGUCCCGCCGCGGGACGGGCAGCCGAGUGAGCCGCAGCCGCCGGGAGAGCAGAGGAGACCCCGGUGCCCCGGGCAGGCAGCGGGAGAGCAGGACACACCCCUGCCCCCCCGCACACACUCCCUCCCCGCCCCGCCGCCGGCCCGCGGAGCCCCGAGCGGGACCAGGGGACAGCGAGCGGGGCCGGGGGCGGCCAGACUGGUGAGGUGGGACAGCUGCCUAGACACUGAUGAAGAGCACGUGAAUUUUGCUAAAAGCGAUGAACUGAACAGAGCUCACAGCGAGAACAGAGAGGGACCAGAUGCACCCCUGAAAUCUGAGCUUGAUAUUUGCCACGAGGAUCCAGAAUACAAGUCCCCAGCUCCCUUGCCACAUGCCCAGGUCAAACUGAUCACCAGCUGGGAAGCAGGAUGGAAUGUAACAAAUGCCAUUCAGGGAAUAUUUGUCCUAGGAUUGCCGUAUGCUCUCCUCCACAGUGGAUACAGUGGUCUACUUCUUAUUGUCUUGGCUGCAGCAUUAUGCUGUUACACAGGCAAGAUUCUAAUUGCUUGCUUGUAUGAAGAAAAUGAAGAUGGGCGACUGGUAAGAGUGAGAGACACAUACGAAGAUAUUGCAAAUGCCUGCUGCAAAAAGCUGUCUCCCAGUCUAGGUGGCGUAGUUGUCAAUGUGACCCAGGUGGUGGAACUGAUCAUGACGUGUAUUUUGUAUCUGGUUGCCAGUGGGAACUUGCUGUCGCACAGUUUCCCCUAUGUACCUGUGACUGAGAAAACUUGGUCUGUAAUUGCAUUUGUUACUCUGUUGCCUUGUAUAUUUAUCAGAACUCUCAAAAUUGUUUCCAAACUCAGCCAGCUUUGCUCUUUGGUUCAUUUUGUUAUCAUCUUUGUAGUGAUAACUUACUGUCUCACACAAAUGCAUCAAUGGUCCUGGGCAAAAUUCAGACUGUCCCUUGAAUUUGAGGACUUCUUGGUCUCUGUAGGGGUGAUCAUUUUCAGUUACACUUCGCAAAUAUUUCUUCCCACACUUGAAGGAAAUAUGAAAAACCCCGGGGAAUUUAGGUGUAUGCUAAAUUGGACCCAUUUUUUUGCCUGUAUCUUAAAAACAACCUUUGCACUUACUGCUUUCUUGACCUGGGGUGAAAAGACAAAGGAAGUUAUUACUGACAACCUACCAUCAUUUCUUGAAACCUUAGUGAAUUUAUGUCUCUUAACCAAAGCUCUUCUUUCUUACCCUUUGCCCUUUUUUGCAGCCACAGAAAUUGUGUAUUCUUGUGUUUCUAAAGACAACCAUUCCAAUUACAGGUUUCCACUACUUGCUCUGACUGUAAGAGGCUCAUUUCUCUUGUUAACUCUGUUGAUGGCCAUGUUCACACCACAUUUUGCCCUGUUGAUGGGUUUGUCAGGCAGUGUAACAGGGGCUGCUAUGACUUUUCUGCUUCCUUCUCUCUUCCAUUUAAAACUUAAAUGGAAAAAACUAUCCUUCUUAGAGAAAUGUGCAGAUAUCUCUGUUUUUAUUUUGGGCUUACUUUGUAGUCUUGCAGGCAUAGUUUGCUCAAUAAAAGGGCUACUUGAAGUAUUUGGAGGAGUGUAA